AUGAGUGUGAUAACUUGGAAUAUUAGGGGUUUAAAUAAAACAUAUAAGCAAAAAGAUGUGAAGGAGUUCAUAAGAAGUAACAAUAAAGCUAUAAUAGCAUUGGUUGAACAUAGAGUAAAGGAGCAUAGAGCAAAUGAUAUAAUUAAAAAAAUAGCACAUGGUUGGCAAUGGAUAUCAAAUGCUAGUCCAAACAAGAAAAGUAGAAUAUGGGUACUAUGGGAUCCUAGAAUUUAUAAGUUUGAUAUGGAAGAGGCAGAUGAGCAGUUGGUACAUGGGCAGAUUAGUAUCUUAUCAAAGGCAAUCACAUUUGGCUUCUCAGCAAUAUAUGGGCUACAUACUAUAAAAGAUAGGCUAAGCUUGUGGAGGAAGUUGAGGCAAAUUCACAGUAUACAACAGGGACCCUGGCUAGCAAUGAGAGACUAUAAUGCUAUCCUUCAGUCACAGGAUAGACGGCAUGGUAAUGAGGUACAAGAUAUAGAAACUAGAGAUUUCAAGGAGUUUCUGCUUGAUACAGGAAUGCAUGAACUUCAGUAUGUGGGAAGGGACUAUACAUGGACUAAUAAUCACACCUAUAGUAGAAUAGAUAGGGGUCUGGUAAAUGCUGAUUGGAUGAUGAUGAUGCCUAAUAUGAAAGUGCAGGUACUAGAGCCACUAGUGUCUGAUCACUCACCACUAAAACUAAUGAUAUCACAAGUGCAGGGGAGGAAGAGUAGGCCAUUCAGAUUCUUAAAUUGUAUAGCUGAUCAUCACCAAUUCCUACAGAAAGUGGAACAAGCUUGGGAAGAAGGGAGUACUGGUGGUAUGAUACAAAUAGUAUGGAACAAGCUGAAGAGGGUAAAUGAGGUUAUAAAAGAGAUCAACACAAAGCAUUACAAAGGAGUAGAUGAGAGAAUAAAAAGAAUGAGGGAGGAGCUCCAGUCUACUCAGGAAGAAAUGAGCUUUAAGCUACAGAGACAAGACCUAAUUGAGAAGGAAAAAGCACUAAAGGGUGAUCUAGAAAAAUGGAUACUGAUUGAGGAAAGCAUAUAUAUGCAAAGAUCAAGAGUGCAAUGGCUAAAGCUGGGAGAUUCAAACUCAGCCUACUUUUUUGCUCAGAUGAAGAAUAGAAGUAAUUUGAAUGGAAUUCAAUUUCUAACAAAUGACAUGGGGGUCCAGCUAGUGUUGGAAGAUGAUAUUGAGGCAGAAAUCUUGGGGUACUAUAAGAAAUUAUUGGGCUCAAGUGCAGAAAGUCUUCCAGCUAUUAAUCCAAAUGAUAUGAAAAUGGGACCAGUAUUGAGUAAGGAACAUCAAUUGCUGCUUAUCAAGCAAGUGUCCAAGGAAGAGAUAUGGGAAGCAAUGAAGGAUAUUAAUGAUCUUAAAGCUCCUGGAUAUGAUGGAUUAAAUGCUGUCUUCUUCAAGAAAUCCUGGACAAUCAUUGGUCAGGAAGUGAUAAUGGCUGUACAGGAGUUUUUUGAGUCAAACCAAAUGUUUAGACCUAUCAACUGCACUGCCAUACCUUAA